UGGAGCUAUUGAUGCUCCACACGGAGACACAACUACUUUACUUUGGUUGUUUUUUGUUUUGUUGGCUUUGAUAUGCUUGCAAAGUCUCACAAGACUAUUUAUUGAGUUUUUCUGGUUAUCACGAGAGCCUCAACCGAGUCUGCUCAGUGGUUGUUAUUGUAGGCGGUAUUGGCUUUAAUGGGGUUUUGCAGAAUUUGAAAACCAAUUAUAAUAUGGUGCUGGUAGUUUGAAGUUUAAGGAUAAAAGUUUUGGAGUUGGUUAAAAAGUGGUGGCUUUUGAUUUUCUUCUUUAAAGUUUUGACCUUUUUUUGGGCUCAAAUGGCUUUUGGUUUCUUUGGUUAUUUACUAAUUCUAUCACUCUUCUUGAAGCUUUUCACUUGUCAAUUACCCAAUACAGAUGGGUAUUAUGUCUCUGACUUCUUGAAGAAAAUGAGGUUGAACUCUUCCUUGUCUUACAAUUUCUCUGGUUCUGUUUGUUCAUGGGAAGGGGUGCAUUGUGAUGCCAAGAAGGAGAGUGUCAUUGGGUUAAAAGUUUCAAGUUUUGGCCUGUCUGGUUUGAUACCUGAUACCACCAUUGGAAAGCUAACAAAGCUUCAGUCUUUGGAUCUUAGCAUUAACAAAAUCACUGCUUUGCCUUCAGAUUUAUGGGGUUUAGGGACACUGCAGAGUCUUAAUCUCUCUUCUAAUCAGAUUUCAGGGUCUCUUCCGAAUAAUUUUGGCAACUUUGGUCUGCUUGAAGUCAUUGAUCUUUCUGGAAAUAAUUUCUCUGGGGAAAUCCCAGCAGCUAUAAGUUCCUUACUUAGUUUGCAGGUUCUUAACCUUGCUGGAAAUGGAUUUCAAUGGAGCAUUCCAAAAGGAAUUCUGAAUUGUAAGUCUAUGGUUUCACUUGACCUAUCCUCAAAUAGGUUAAAUGGUUCCUUGCCAGAUGGUUUUGGUGCAGCACUUCCUAAGCUCAAAACUUUAAACCUAGCCGGCAACGAGAUUCUUGGCCGGGACACCGAUUUUAAAGAAAUGAUCUCUCUUACUAGCCUUAACAUUUCCAGGAACUUGUUUAAGGGUUCAAUUAUGGGUUUUUUUCAAGGGCAGCUGCAGGUGAUUGACCUGAGCAGGAACCAGUUUCAAGGUCAUUUUUCUCAGGUACAAUUCAACUUUACUUACAAGUGGUCUCAUUUGGUUUAUCUAGACUUGUCUGAGAACCAGCUUAGUGGAGAAAUUUUACAAAAUUUGAGUCAUGCUCAGAGCCUUAGACAUCUUAAUCUAGCGAAUAAUAGAUUCGGUAUGCAGAAAUUCCCUAGAAUUGAAAUGCUUUUGGGGUUAGAGUAUCUCAAUUUGUCUAAAACCGGCCUCAUUGGUCACAUUCCUGGUGAAAUUUCACAACUGAGUCAUUUACACACACUUGAUGUUUCAUCCAACCAUCUUACAGGCCAAAUUCCAUCAUUGGCUAACAAAAGCCUCAAAGUUCUUGAUGUUUCACGCAACAAUUUGACAGGAGAAUUUCCCUUCUCUCUCUUGGAGAAACUCCCAUCGAUGAAGAGAUACAACUUCUCUUACAACAACUUAACCCUUUGUGCUUCGAGAUUCUCCUUCGAGACCUUCAACACAGUCUUUUAUGGCUCAUCGAACAGCUGUCCCAUUGCUGCAAAUCCUGUCCUUUUCAAAAGAAGAGCCGGUGGUCAAAAGGGUUUAAAGCUUGCCUUAGCUUUAACCCUUUCCCUGGUCUGCUUACUUGCUGUGUUGCUAAUCCUAGCCUUUGGUUGUAGACGGAAAUCCAGUACAUGGGUUGUUAAGCAGCCCUCAUAUAAAGAGGAGCAACAUAUUUCAGGUCCGUUUUCCUUCCAAACCGACUCCACAACCUGGGUGGCUGAUGUUAAACAAGCAACGUUGGUGUCGGUUGUGAUAUUUGAGAAGCCACUACUGAACAUCACAUUUGCAGACCUCUUGUCUGCAACUUCAAAUUUCGAUCGAGGCACUUUACUAGCAGAAGGAAAAUUCGGGCCUGUUUAUCGAGGAUUUCUGCCUGGUGGAAUUCAUGUCGCUGUUAAAGUUUUGGUUCAUGAAUCAACAUUGACAGACCAAGAAGUUGCAAGGGAGCUCGAGUAUCUCGGUCGAAUCAAGCAUCCCAAUCUUGUUCCAUUAACCGGAUAUUGCUUGGCCGGGGAUCAAAGGAUUGCUAUUUAUGAUUACAUGGAGAAUGGAAACUUGCAGAAUUUGUUACAUGACUUGCCGCUCGGUGUUCAGGCAAUAGAAGACUGGAGCCAAGAGACAUGGGAGGAAGACAACAAUGGGAUACAAAAUGUUGGCUCUGAAGGGUUAUUAACAACCUGGUCAUUUAGACACAAAAUAGCCCUUGGCACUGCACGAGCACUGGCUUUUCUCCAUCAUGGCUGCUCACCACCAAUAAUCCAUAGAGAUGUCAAAGCUAGUAGCGUUUAUCUCGACUUAAACUUGGAGCCUAGAUUAUCUGAUUUUGGAUUGGCCAAGAUUUUUGGAACCGAACUAGAGGAUGAAAUUGCCCGAGGGUCACCUGGAUAUGUACCACCAGAAUUCUCUCAGCCUGAAUAUCAAGCCUCCACCCCGAAAUCCGAUGUAUAUUGCUUCGGUGUUGUUUUGUUCGAACUAAUCACAGGGAAAAAGCCAAUCGGAGAUGAUUAUCCGGAGGAGCAAGAAACAAAUUUAGUGAGUUGGGUUAGAGGAUUGGUGAGAAAGAGUCGAGGAUCAAAGGCUAUUGAUCCUAAAAUUCGUGAUACCGGACCAGGUCACCAAAUGGAAGAGGCCCUCAAGAUCGGAUAUCUCUGCACAGCCUGUAUUCCCAUCAAGCGACCAAACAUGCAACAAGUUGUUGGCCUUCUCAAGGAUAUUGAACCAAGAACUCCUCGAUGAAAAAUUGAAAAACAAUGACUAGCAUUUUUUCCCUACCACGGGAGAGGAUGUAGAGUAACUGUUAAAUUAUGUCUUGGAAUCUGAUAAUCUUUGUCAUCAUAGUUAUAAUACACAAGUUUGAUCCUUGAAAGUUGCAGAUAGAUUUUUUUUUU